CCUGCUGAAUCGAGUAGGUAGGCAAGCCCGCACUGCAAUUUUACAAUAGGAGGAGUGGAGUAUCGCAAGAUGUCGACCGAGCUGGAUCACUGGAUAGAAAUUGCUAAGGAAUGCAAAUAUCUGCCUGAAAACGAUUUAAAGAAAUUAUGUGACAUUGUGUGCGAUCUCUUGUUGGAGGAGUCCAACAUUCAGCCUGUAUCAACUCCUGUCACAGUCUGUGGUGAUAUCCAUGGACAGUUCUACGAUUUGGAAGAGUUGUUUCGAAAAGGGGGACAAGUGCCAGACACAAACUACAUUUUCAUGGGAGACUUUGUAGACCGAGGCUACUUCAGUUUAGAAACAUUCACUCGACUACUCACCCUGAAAGCCAAGUGGCCUGACAGAAUUACUCUGCUUCGAGGAAACCACGAGUCUAGGCAAAUCACCCAGGUAUACGGCUUUUACGACGAGUGCCAAAAUAAAUAUGGCAAUGCGAAUGCUUGGAGAUACUGCUGUGGCGUCUUCGACCUUCUUACUGUGGCCGCUCUCAUUGAUGGUGAAGUGUUUUGUGUGCACGGAGGUCUUUCCCCUGACAUCCAGACCCUUGACCAAAUCAGAACAAUAAACAGGAACCAGGAAAUACCCCACAAAGGUGCCUUUUGCGACCUUGUCUGGUCAGAUCCCGAGGAAAUUGACAAAUGGAAAGUGAGCCCUAGAGGCGCUGGCUGGCUCUUUGGCUCCAUCGUGACCCACGAGUUCAUGGAUAUCAACAACCUUGACCUCAUCUGCAGAGCUCACCAACUGGUGCAUGAAGGGUACAAAUAUAUGUUUGAUGACAAGUUGGUCACCGUAUGGUCUGCGCCAAAUUACUGUUACCGUUGCGGAAAUGUAGCCUCAAUCCUGUCAUUCACCACUAGCAAGAACAGGGAGCCCAAGUUGUUUGAGGCAGUGCCCAGUUCAGAGAGAACUGUACCUGAUAGAACCACAACACCAUAUUUCUUAUGAUUCCUAAACCUUAAGUUAUCACUAAAUUACACAAUUGGAGGCAUGCAAUGCUAUGUGAUUUUCAUUGACACACCUCACUUGAGUUAUAAGGUCUCUUAGAAUAUUGUUCCCCAAAUAUCAAUUGUACGCUUGUAAUUAUAUUCCAUGCAUUGAGGUUUUAAGUUUCCAACAACUGCAAUAAACUUUUUUGUCCAGUUCAGAUACAAUUUA